GAAUCGAUUGAUUGAAGAAUCGAUUCAUCAUUCGAUUCAAUCAUUCGUCGUCCCUCAUCGAUCCCACAUCCUCAUGUCGCCUCCAGCCUCCAAGACGAAGAUCGCAGCUUGUGAAGGCCAUCUCCAGACGAUGUUCCAUGCAAUCGACCCGUUCCAUCAGCCCUCCAACUGAAAUAUUCCAGCUGUACAGUACGUAGCUCCCUGGAUCCUUCUCCACCAUGGGCAAGAAGUCUCUCGAGACUUGGUGUUCUGACCAGCUCCACGAUGUGCUGGGUUUUUCAGAUAAAUCCCUGGCCACGUUUCUAGUGGACGUCGCCGACAAGGCCUCGAGCGUUCAGGAAAUUGUCAAGGUGUUCGAAGAAGGAGGCCACCUUCAAGGGAAGAACGACCGUCUUGUGGAAGAGUUUGCGAAGGAUCUGUUUCGACGCUGUCAUCCAUCGUCGUCCGACCCUGAAAAGAAGAAGAAGCGUAGCAAAGCACCAAAACGGAAAACUGAAGAUGUUGUUGAAGAGACUAGGGAAAAGGAGCGUGUUUCAGCCGUCAGUGAUGACACAAAGGAGACAAGAAAGAGGUCGCGACCAGAGGAUUCAGGGGUGAAUGACGGUGAACAGAAGAGAUCUCCCGAAGCCGUCUCUCCGCCUGAAAAGAAAGAUGCCACGGGAGAAGCAGCAGAAGAAGAAGAGACAGAAGAGAACAUGACAGUUGAGCAAUUGAGAGAAAAGAGCCGACAAGUUUAUCUCAAGAGUCGAGAGCAACGAGAAGUGGAUCUCCUUCAAAAGUCCCUGGCCGAUGAAGAAACUCUCUUCAAGGGAGUCAAACUCACAAAGGCAGAAGAAAAGAGGAUCACGCUUGGGAAGAAGAUUUUGGGCAUGGUAGAAGAAAGGGAAGGGCGAGAUGCCAUCCAAGAUGGCUACAGAUUGCCUGAUAGCUACGACGACAAAGAGAGCAAGGCAAAGCAAGACCAAGACAAACUCAGUUCUCGUUAUGUUGAAGAAAAGCACGAGAAGACUGAAGAACAGUUGUGGCAGGAGGCUCAAACAAACAAGGCAACAAUUGUGAAAAAGAAACACAAGAAGGAUGAGCAAGACUACGAACUUGUCUUUGAUGACAAGAUUGAUUUUGUCAUGCAGGGGACAAGGAAAGGACACGAUCGAAGGGGUGACAGGGCCAAAUCAGCGUCACGAAGACGCACAAGCACAAAAGAAAAGGAAGAAGCCAAACCGGAAGCACCACAAUCCACACCUCAGGAAACUGAACACCAAAAGAUCUUGGCUGGUCGAAAGCGAUUGCCAGUUUAUCCCUACAGAGAAGAGCUUCUGGCGGCAGUGAAAGACCACCGAGUUUUGAUUCUAGUUGGAGAAACUGGUAGUGGAAAAACUACACAGAUCCCCCAAUUCCUUCACGAGGUUGGGUACAGCAAAUUGGGCAAAAUUGGAUGUACACAGCCACGGCGUGUGGCAGCGAUGAGUGUUGCUGCUCGAGUUGCCCAAGAGAUGAAUGUCACCUUGGGGCAUGAAGUUGGCUACGCCAUUCGCUUUGAGACUUGCACCAGCCCAAAGACCAUCAUCCAGUACAUGACUGAUGGGAUGCUACUUCGGGAAAUCCUAACGGAACCAGACCUAUCCGGCUACUCAUGCAUUGUUAUUGAUGAAGCUCAUGAAAGGACGCUGAGUACGGACAUCCUGUUGACGCUUUUGAAAGAUAUUGUCCGUUAUCGCAGUGAUUUGAAAUUGAUUGUGAGCAGUGCGACUCUUGAUGCAGAGAAGUUCUCCACAUUCUUCGACAAUGCUAGUAUUUUCAUGAUCCCGGGUCGUAUGUUUCCUGUGGAUAUUUACUAUACCAAGGCACCCGAGUCAGACUAUGUAGAUGCGAGUGUUGUAACGGUGCUCCAGAUCCACGUUUCUCAGCCACUGGAUGGAGACGUCCUUGUCUUCCUUACAGGUCAAGAAGAAAUUGAGGCAGCGGGCGAAAUUCUCACAAUGCGGACGAGAAAUCUUGGGUCGAGGAUUCCAGAGCUUAUUAUCUGCCCUAUCUACGCUAACCUCCCGUCGGAGCAACAAGCAAAAAUAUUUGAGAAGACGCCCAAAGGAAGCCGGAAGGUGGUGCUUGCCACAAACAUUGCCGAAACAAGUCUGACAAUUGAUGGUAUCAAAUAUGUGAUUGAUACUGGCUUCCAGAAACAGAAGUCCUUCAAUGCAAAGUAUGGGAUGGAGAGUUUGAUCGUAACUCCAAUAUCGCAGGCUGCAGCGAAUCAAAGGGCAGGACGUGGUGGUAGAACUCAACCAGGGAAGUGUUUCAGGCUUUUCACAGCUUGGUCUUUCCAGAAUGAACUUGAACCAAAUACAAUACCAGAGAUUGCAAGAACAAACAUGGGGAACGUUGUGCUUCUCCUAAAGAGUUUAGGCGUGAACAAUCUGCUCCACUUUGACUUUAUGGAUCGCCCUCCGUCUGAUUCUCUUAUCCGUGCAUUGGAACAGUUGUAUGCGCUCGGAGCCCUCAACGACAGGGGAGAUUUGACAAAGCUAGGUCGGAGAAUGGCAGAAUUCCCACUGGAUCCAAUGCUGAGCAAAACAGUUAUAGUUUCUGAGAAGCUGAAGUGCAUGUCAGAGAUUUUGUCAAUGGUGGCAAUGUUGUCUCUGGGAGCCGGUGUCUUCUAUAGACCCAAAGAUAAAGCUCUCCUUGCGGACACAGCUCGAAUGAACUUUGCUCGUGGCGGAGGAGGAGAUCACAUGUCCUUGUAUCGUUGCUAUCACGACUGGGCCCAGUCCAACUACAGUUCAAUUUGGUGCAUGGAGAACUUUGUGCAGUUGCGAACAAUUCGGAAAGCUCGUGACAUUCGAGAGCAGUUGGAGGGUCUCUGUGAGCGAGUGGAAAUCGAUCCCGCAGUUUCGGUAGAUGGCGAAGUCGAGCCCCCGAUGAAAGCCAUCACUGCAGGUUUCUUUUACAAUGUUGCACGGCUGGGGCGCUCCGGUGAAUAUCAGACUGUGAAGCAACACAAAACUGUGUAUAUCCAUCCAAGUAGUGUGAUGGCAAAGGACGAGAAGCCACCUACGUGGGUUGUGUACUUUGAACUUGCAUUUACGACCAAAGAAUUCAUGAGGCAAGUUGCUCCAAUUGAGCCCGAAUGGCUUGUAGAGUUUGCCCCGCACUACUUCCAAGAGAUUGAUGUUGCAGAGACCAACAAGAAAAAGAAGUAUGGGAAAGCAAGGUCAAAGCGGUGAUUCGAUUCUAGUUUUGCCUGGCAUUGAUUUCAUAAAUUCUCGCAGUUGCUAUCUUCUUCUUAUGGAGCUGUCAUUGCCUACCUGGCAUGACCAUCCUCUGCAGCCGAAACAGGUAGCUUCAUCCAUGUACAACGUACAUCGCAUCAUUCUUGCCUGGCAUGUGGGUGCCUGGCAUGUGAGUGGAGUGUGAGUGGCCAGUUUCGUUGGACUGCUUUUCGUGCCCGAAAACGCCAAUUGCCUCUGGGUGCCUUUUUAUUAAAAUUUAUGUUUCCGUUUUACGCGUUUUAUGUUUUAGGUUUCAAUUUCACUAAAUCUGCUUCCGAGGGGAAGGUUCGAUAAUUUGGAAUUCGAUUUAUAAAAUAUUUCUGCUUUGGUUAGUAAAAACGUUGAUUCGUGCGUCAUUAGGGUUCAAGUGUAAGAUGAAUAAUGAAAACUGUCAUCUCUAAGACUUGACACGU